AUGGAGCUGCCCACCCUGGUGGCCGUGCUGGCGCUGGCCGCCUCUGCCGGCGCCCUCCAGUGCUACACGUGCCAGAGCAAGCGCGAGGUGCCCGGCUACCAGCGCUCGGUGGACCGGCUGCGCGACCCGCUGCACAACUUCCCGCCCUGCGAGGAGUUCGACCCCUACUUCGAGGACAUGAACCGCAAGUUCAUCCAGAACUGUCCGCCGACGCGCAACAAGACGUGUCUCAAGAUCACCGACCCGAACGACUACACGAACGUGCUGCGGACGUGCCACCCGGUCGGCAAGCCGGUGACCAGCUACGACUCCUACUACGGCACCUGUACAGAGCUGGGCGCCUGCUACUGCGAUACGGACCUGUGUAACGGCUCGGAGCGCGGCUGGCCGUCGGCCGUGCUGCUGCUCACGGCCAUCAUCGCAGCGCUCGUCGGGGGACGUUAG